AUGCUGCAACCUGGAGCUAUUUUGUUGAACGCUCCAUUUGAUCAGCUCUACAACAACAACAACAACAGCAACAAUGUUGUUGAUGUCACGCCGAAGUUUUUCAGCAGUCCUGGCAACAACAAUUUGGGCCAUUACGGAGUUGGCGUUGGCAUCAACCAUCCAGCCUUUCCGUUAAAUGUGCAACAAGUUCAGCCCAUUCAGCAGCUUCAGACUCCACUGAGUCCCGUAGAAAUGUUGAAAAACCAGCAACUUCAACAACAACAUUAUCAACAGCAACAAAUUCAACCUCAACAAUUGUUUUUUGUUGCUAACAGCAGUCAGUGUGCUGGUGUUAGGUUGAAUGCACUACCUCAAGAUUCUGAUGACAUUCCAUCGAAUUUUACUUUCUUGCAGCAAAAUAUUAUUCCGCUGCAGCAGCAGCAACAACAGCAACAGCUGCAGCUACAACGUUUACAACAACAGCAACUACAACAGAUUCAAUUACACGAACAAUUGAAGCAACAAACGGCGAUGCAAUACCAGACAACAUUUACUGUUCAACAAACUUCCUCCCUCUCCCCGUCACCAUCAUCUCUCUCCUACAUAACAUCGACACAGACCAAAAAGGCAUUUAGAAUCAAAGACAAUCAACUGGUCGAUGAAAACCUCUACAAUGGGGAAUCAACAACCAUCGAUAACAAAAAGCCGAAGCUAGAAAUCAACUUUUCUAACGUGACAACGACCACAACAAAUGUAGCAGCUGUUACAGCAGCAGCAACAACAGCAUCAAAACUAACAACAACCUCAGGACAACCGGCUGACACAAACGUGAACCAUCCCAACAAAAUUCUCCUCUGCAAGAACCUUCCCCAGAACGUGACCGAGAAUGAUGUCAUUCAGCUGUGCAUUCCGUUUGGGAGCAUCAAUCAAAUACAGCUGAUCAAACACCAACAGCAGGCCUUCAUUGAAAUGACCCAACUGACCAGCGCCACAAAUCUCGUGAACUUCUACUCGCAAAGGUCACCCAUGAUCCGAGGUCACGUGAUACGUUUCAAUUACUCAAGUCAGGAACGUUUUUCAAUGACAUCUCCGGGCCAGAAACUGGCAAACGACAGCUCAAAAAAUGACAACGUCAUUAACAACAGCAACAACAGCAACAAUAACAUUACAAAACUUGAUGACAGCACUUCUAACUACAGCAGUCACUUGUCAUUGAUGUCUGCACGUUCAUUGGAGGUCAACAAUAACGUCAAGGCCGUCCUGAAGGUCACCAUAGAAAAUGUUUUGUAUGCAGUGACAGUGGAUGAAAUUAAACAGUUGUUCUCCCAAUUUGGACAGAUCUUGAAAAUUGUCACAUUCAACAACCUGAGUAUGUUCUCUUCAUUUCACCUAAACUUUUAA